AUGGCAGGGACUCCGUGUGGCUCCGGCGGCACCUCGCGUCGCGCGCGCAGCUGUCCGCAGACUGGACGCGCAGGCGCAGCGCGGAGCAGCAUCUCGGCUGCAGCGCGAGCAACAAGUCGGCACGGCGCAGCAGCCGGCAGCCGGCAGCCAGCUCUGGACCCCGCACGCCGCGCCCCGCGCACGGCGACGCAGCGCGAGGAGGAAUUUAAGGAGUAUCUGGAAGAAGAGGUGGUUGCAGGCAUGGAUAGAAACAUAGGUACAGCGAGCACUUGCGAAGAAAUUAGUAGUCAAGAUGUCGAUCAUCAAACAACGCAAGGCAAUGAACUACCACCCACACUAAACAAACGCACGAAGGUAUUUGCUUGACCUAGAAAAAAUCAGAGAAAAAGGGCCGAAGAUCCUCUAUAGGAGAGGCAUAUAAUGCACUACAAACUGCUUUAUUUAAAAUUAGAGACGAGUAUGACGCAUAUGAAGAGUACAUAGCGAAUGUUCUACGGUCCAUGGACAACAGAACACGUGCUUUUGUUAUAAAAGGAUUUUCUGACACGAUUUCAGAGCAGAAAGCGGCUGUUUCGAACAUUCUAGACCAAGUUCAACCAACAGUGACAACAGUAGCUCGUCGCACUUACCGAUUCCUUCAACUCAACAAGUUCAUGCCCAUGAGAAGAUGAAAAUCAACUUCCAACAGACAUCUACUUCUACUUCUGACAACACCAAACAAGGCUCUCCACAUUUUGUGGAUCUGCUUGAUUUAUAAUAAUUAAAAGUAAUAAUCUUUGCGUUUAGUUGUUUCUCAUUCUUUGA